AACUUGUUUAAAAGUCUCUUCUGAGAUCCAUGCAAUCACUUAACUGCAAACCCCUGUAAAAUCAAAAAGCAGAUCACAUACUCCUAAUAGUAAUGGCACAGGGUGUACAUCACUGUUCCAAAACAUUAGGGAAGGGAGCACGGUGAGGAAAUACUGGACCAAAGGAAGACAGAAAGCCAUCUGAGCAAACUCCAAACUGCACCUCUGCGUCUGAUGUCCAAGUGCUCCUCAGAGCUCCAAUUCCCUUCAGUGUUUGGCUGUAACCUGGUUCUCUCUCUUGGGCUGGUUCUGCUCCGUCAGCAACUCUCCUUGUUUCAGGAUGAAGGAGACAGCUACAGACUCUACCCUAAAGCUACUGCGUCAGAAGUGCUGGGGACUAUGGCAUGGCUAUCUGCAACCUGCAGGGAACAGACCUUCCAGGAGAUUGAGGAGUCUGAGCCAGUGAGUGAGAACCCCAGGGUGGAACUGGUGGAUCACAGCCCCAGGAUGGAGCUGGUGGAUCACAGCCCCAGGGUGGAGCUGGUGGAUCACAGCCCCAGGGUGGAGCUGGUGGAUCAGAGUCCCAGGGUGGAGCUGGUGGAUCAGAGUCCCAGGGUGGAGCCGGUGGAUCACAGCCCCAGGGUGGAGCCGGUGGAUCACAGCCCCAGGGUGGAGCCGGUGGAUCACAGCCCCAGGGUGGAGCCGGUGGAUCAGAGCCCCAGGGUGGAGCCGGUGGAUCACAGCCCCAGGGUGGAGCCGGUGGAUCACAGCCCCAGGGUGGAGCCGGUGGAUCACAGCCCCAGGGUGGAGCCGGUGGAUCACAGCCCCAGGUUGGAGCCGGUGGAUCACAGCCCCAGGAUACAGCCGGUGGAUCACAGCUCCAGGAUACAGCCGGUGGAUCACAGCCCCAGGGUGGAGCUGGUGGAUCACAGCCCCAGGGUGGAGCUGGUGGAUCACAGCCCCAGGAUGGGAGUGUCCGUCUGUUUUGGGAAAAGGUCUCAUGUAUUUCAGGUUGGCCUGGAACUUUAUGUGUGCCAGGGAAACCCUGAAUUUCUGAUUUGUUUUUCUUUUCCCCUCCACCUCCUGACCGCCAGUAUUACAGGUAUGAGUCAGUACACUGUUUAAGGACUGUCAGGGAUAAAACUCGGGGCCUCCUUCAUGCUAGGCAAACAUGACCCCUCCUAAGGCACACUUCAGUUCCCACUGUAGCCAUUCUUAUGGGAUCAAAACAUCCUGGACACCAACACAUAGCACCUGCGUUCUUUGUAAGUUCUGCGACUGCUCUCCAGAAGACAUUAGUUUUCUGACCUAGUAAAUAGGAGUGAUAAUGCUAAUACUGAUUUCAAUUCAGUAAAUUGUUGUGGUG